AUGAGCUCACGACAAGGAUUACGAUCAGAAUGUUCGCAACGAGGUGAAUGGUUGCUAGGAAAAUGUGUCACUCAAUUUCGUUGCUCUCAACUGCCAACAAAACGUUCAGUCUUAAGUUAUUUUUUAUAUUAUCAUUAUGAGCACCAAGAAACAGUAAACGAAACUUUAAAUAGAACAUCAAAAACAGUUUUAAAUAUCUGGAAUAAUUACAACGUUAUCAAAGAAUAUCAUGUUAAAGAAAAAGUGAAUCAGUUAUUUACAUUUUGGAAGAGCUUGAAAAAAAAUCGGCAGAGGUUAUCUGAAACCCAACAGCAGAAUGAAAACAAAUUUUCAAAGUCACUUGAUUCACUAUUUGAUAUUACUCUAAAGUGCUCAUUGUUUUAUGACGAAGCUCACAAUUCGGCUGUUUCUACGUCAACUGCAGUGAGUUUAAAAGACGAUGAAUUAAAUAAACCUUUAUCUCAAAAUCAAAAUUUAUCUCUCUCGAGCACGUCUUCUCACGAACUUUAUGCUUCUCCUCCUAGAAAGAAGCCUAAAUAUAAGAUUUCUCCAAUGCUCUCAUCAAUGUUGGAUCGUACUAAAACAUCUAAUCAAAACGGUUUACUUUUGAUGUCUGCCUUUUCAGCAACGUUAGAUCGUAAGGUCUCAGAUGUCACGGUCCAGAUUAAUCCAAUGGAUCCAACAUUCGCC